AUGGCCACCAUCGUCGCCGUGGUGCUGGGUAUUGGAUUGGGUGUUACUGUUAGGGAAUAUGGAAAUCUCUCCAAUCUGGAUAAAUAUUACUUCGCCUUUCCGGGAGAAAUUCUGAUGAGGAUGCUCAAGCUAAUCAUAUUGCCAUUAAUUAUAUCAAGUAUGAUAACAGGUGUUGCUGCUUUGGACUCCGGCGUUUCUGGAAAGAUUGGCUUGCGGGCAAUUGUUUACUACUUCUUCACUACAGCUUUAGCCGUAAUCCUAGGGAUUGUGUUGGUUGUGGCUAUCAAACCAGGAGUGUCCCAGAAUGCUGCGGAUAUUGACAGAAUGGGCAGUACACCUGUGGUCUCCACGGUGGAUGCUAUGUUAGACUUGAUUAGGAAUAUGUUCCCAGAAAACCUUGUGCAGGCCUGUUUCCAACAGUAUAAGACCAAGCGUGUAGAAAUAAAGACCACAACGGAAGUAGGCAAAAAUGCUACUGUUUCUACACCAAACCCGCUCUCGACUGUACUGCCAACAGAGACUCCAAAGAAUAAAACCAAGGAUUACAAAAUAGUGGGUUCGUAUUCCAAUGGUAUUAACGUUCUUGGCCUGAUUGUAUUUUGCCUUGUCUUCGGAAUUGUUAUUGGGAAAAUGGGAGAAAAGGGGAAAGUGCUGAUGGACUUCUUCAAUGCACUGAAUGAUGCCACAAUGUAUAUGGUUCAGAUAAUAAUGUGGUAUAUGCCAUUGGGUAUUAUUUUUUUGAUUGCCGGAAAGAUAAUAGAAGUUGAAGACUGGGAGAUUUUUCGCAAGUUGGGUCUGUACAUGGCUACUGUUUUAAGUGGGCUUGCAAUUCAUAGUAUUGUAGUUCUGCCGCUUAUGUACAUAAUAAUAGUCCGGGAAAAUCCGUAUAAAUUUGCCAUGGGGAUGGCUCAAGCACUUUUGACAGCACUCAUGAUUUCCUCAAGUUCAGCUACUUUACCUGUCACGUUUCGCUGUGCAGAAGAAAAAAACCAUAUUGACAAGAGAAUUACCCGAUUUGUUUUACCGGUAGGCGCUACAAUCAACAUGGAUGGUACUGCUCUCUAUGAAGCAGUAGCUGCGAUUUUUAUUUCACAACUUAAUGACUUACAACUGGAUAUGGGCCAAAUAGUGACCGUUAGUGUCACAGCAACAGCAGCCAGCGUCGGAGCUGCAGGUGUGCCCCAGGCUGGACUAGUUACCAUGGUGAUUGUCCUGAGUGCCGUCGGACUGCCUGCUGAAGAUGUUACCCUCAUAAUAGCAGUGGACUGGCUUCUGGAUAGAUUCAGAACAAUGGUGAAUGUCCUUGGCGAUGCCUUUGGUGCCGGAAUUGUGGAGAAGCUCUCACAAAAGGAACUGGAGCUUAUGGACGUUGGUGCUGAAGUCAACAUAGCAAACCCUUUUGCCCUGGAAAAAGCACCGAAGGUUGACAGUCUGGAAUCACAGACCAAGAAAUCUUAUGUGAAUGGAGCUUUUGCUAUUGAUAAAUCAGACAGCAUAUCAUUCACCCAGACAUCACAGUUCUGAGUGAAAUUGACUGACAAGGGAGCCACACUGGAUUAAAGGACAUGGGAAGGCCCUAUGUUGAACCAUAUUCUGGGCCCCUCUCACUUCAGACCCUACAUGCUGUAUUUUUUCUUCUUUGCCUAUAUUCAUACAGGCAAACAGGAAGACACACAUCCUCUGUCUCACAAAACUCCCUUUCUCAGAUCUGCCACAACACAAAGAGCACAGUCCUGCUCCUUUUCUUGUGCAGGCUAUAAGGAGAUUUAAAAUUUGCCCACAGCUGAGAACAUGGCCAUUUCACAAUGGGAUGGCCAACAUGUUGUGUUGAUUUCUUCAGGAGUCUCAGUGAUAGGUAUGUUCUCAGCAUAGAUAUGUUCCCUGACAAAUACGCAGCGUCAGGGAACCCUACAUAGCUGAGGUCCUACACUGAAACAGGCCACGGUCUUACCUGUGUUGGCACACGGAAGAACAACAUCAUGCAUGAAAUCAUUUAGCAAACCAAAAGGAUAAGUGUGUUGCCUUGAAACACAGGCUCCAGAUUUUCCUCAGCUCUUUGUUUUUGAAACAUCUGAUCAUUGUGGGCAGAUUUAUCCCAGUUGC